AUGGAGAUCCGUGCAAGACUGCCAGUGAAGUCUCUGCUUCGAUUCAGAAAAAUUGUAAAACUUCCUCCAUCAUUGACUCCAGUUACUAGUAAUGUUCCUAAGCUACCUUCUAUAGUUGGAACUGCUGUUGGAUUUGGGUUUGAUCAGAGAAGUAAUGACUACAAAGUUGUGAAAAUUGGGUACCUUGUUGAUUACAAGAGUGGAUUGGAUGUUCCGUGGACGGUGGAGAUUUACUUCCUUAACACUCAUUCUUGGAGGAGAUACAAUUGUGUUGCUGAUUUUUGUAGUGAAACUUUUUGUUUCGGUACAUUCUCUGCGUUUGCGAAUGGGGCAGUUCAUUGGAUUGCGUUUGGAGAUGACAUUGCCGAACCAUCUAGUUAA